AUGGCCAAACCCAGUCUGGCCAGCAGUGCCCUCAGCCUGGACACUGGAUCAAUCCCCGCAAAACAUAACAAGAUGGUAGCCGUCCUCUUCCCCGGACUGCACGCCGCCUGCCGUCCUCUUCCCAAUGGGCCCAGGCUGGCCAGGGCCCACAAGCUGGGAGGGAUCGAGGCCACCAGUCUGAAGCAGUGGACAGGGAGUGUCCCCAUGUGGGUGCUCCAAAUGACCGCCCUCUCUACUGUGAACAACAUGCUUCAGAUGCCCUUUCUGUCACAAUGGACGACCUUCCUGGCCCUGCCAUCGUCUGGGUCCUACGUUGAUGAUUUCUGCCCCGGCUGUGCAACAGUGAGCUGCCCCAGGACCCCAGUGGUGGGCACUGAGGGGGGAUCUCUGAGCAUUCACUGUUGCUAUGAGAAGAAAUUCAAGGAAAAUAUAAAAUACUGGUGCAGACAACCAGCUUUUAGACCAUGUAAUAAGAUUGUGGACACCAGCAAGUUAAAGACAGAGAAGGAGAGUGGCCGAGUGUCCAUCUCGGACCAUCCUGCCAAUCUCAGCUUCACAGUGACCCUGAGGAACCUCAGAAUGAGGGAUGCAGGCAUGUACUGGUGUGGAAUCUACACAACAAUUUUACAAGAUAAACUAAUGUUGGAUCCCACCUCCCAGGUGGAGGUGAUUGUGUCCUCAGGAACUCCGGGGGAGACUUUGGCCCCAGGCUUCCCUGUGCUGGCCUUCCCUCACACCAGCACCAACGUCAAAGACACCGACAAGUACCACUUUAACCACAGUCUCCACAGCCACAGUGGAAGGUCUACCUGUGGUGUCCACUCUGCUGCCCACAGAGGGGUCCAGGUUCUGCUGUCCUUCUUGGCUGUCCUGCUGUUUCUGUUGGUGGGGGGCUCUCUGGUGGUCUGGAGAAUGGUGCGCAGACAGAUCAAAGCUGCCAAGAAUGCAGAGCCGACCCCAAGUCUGCCUCAGCCCACAGAGCUGAGUGAGCCGUGCUAUGAGAACGUGGAGCUGCAGACGCGGCCCUCAGGGAGAGCUCCUGAGAAUCAGAAGGACACAGAGGUGGAGUACAGCACAGUGGCAGCCCCCAGAGCUGAGCCUCAUUAUACCUCAGUGGCAUUUAAACUCCAGAAUCAGGAUUCUGAGGCCACCAGUUCUUCCUCCAAGAGGCCUCAAGAAGAAACAGAGUACAGUGUGGUUAAGAAGACCUAG